CACAGUGAACGAGUUCCGCUGUCACAACAAAUAAACAAUGACAGAGUCGGGGCAAAAGUUCAAAAUAUUCAAGUUUUUAAAGAUUAUGAUUAGCAGCUUCCUCAUUAUAAUAUUAUUGUUAUUUACUGUAGCAUCUAUCAGGACUUUCUCACUGGACGUAAAUGCCGGUCUUCAACUCGCAAAUUGGGAAAAGACGAAGAACAUCUCGCUCGUCAUAGACCACCAUCAGAGAGAGGAACUAAUAGCAAAUUUUAAAGAGGCUAUUCGGAUCCCCACUGUGUCUUUCUCCGGGACGGAGAGCAACAACACUGCGCUGCUUGAAUUCAACAGGCUCCUCCGUAAAGCUUUCCCAACAGUUUUCUCUUCAAAAUUGGUUCAUCAUCAGUUGGUGGCCAACUACAGCCACCUAUUUUGGUUACAAGGAUCACAGCCUGACUUGGCGCCAUACCUGCUGCUGGCCCACAUAGAUGUGGUACCUGCUUCAGAGUCGGAUGGCUGGGAGGCACCGCCAUUUUCUGCCAAGGAGAUAGAUGGCUUCAUAUAUGGUAGAGGGACCAUCGAUGACAAGGGCUCUGUAAUGGGAAUACUUCAGGCGCUGGAAUACUUGCUAAUAAAAGGCUAUGCUCCACGCAGAGGAUUUUACAUUGGUCUUGGUCAUGAUGAAGAAGUCGGUGGUUACAAGGGGGCAUUGAACAUAGUGCCAAUGCUGAAGCAGCAUGGUGUGCAGCUGUCGUUUGUCCUAGACGAGGGCCUUGCUGUACUGGAUGAUGUCAUCAGUGGUCUUGAAGGACCUGCUGCUCUAAUUGGGAUAACGGAAAAGGGCUCGGCCACUGUAAAGCUGAGUGUGUCUAUGGCCCCUGGUCACUCCUCAAUGCCUCCCAGAGAGACCAGCAUUGGGAUCUUGGCUGCAGCAGUCAAAAGACUAGAGGAGAACCCCAUGCCAAGGUUAUUUGGUCAUGGGCCUGAGCGUGGAACCUUUGAACACCUAGCCCAUAAGUUCAGGCUUCCAAUGAAGUUCAUAAUGUCGAAUUUGUGGCUGUUCUCCCCACUCCUUGGCAGGGUACUGGAAAGAAAACCAGACACUAAUGCUUUUGUAAGGACAACCACAGCAGUUACCAUGUUUAAUGCAGGAGUUAAGGUGAAUAUCAUCCCUUCCCUAGCUGAAGCUUAUGUAAAUCUACGAAUCCACUCAGCGCAGUCAUUACAAGAGGUCCUGGACCUCGUCCGUUCCACAGUGGGUGACCAGCGAGUGAAGAUCGAGCUUGUUGAUGGGUUUGACCCUCUGCCUGUCAGCUCAGCUGAUGAACAGUCCUUUGGAUUCCAGAUCAUUAAGAAAACUGUGUUGGACAUGUUUCCAACAAUUACAGUUGCUCCAGGUAUCUGUAUUGGGAACACAGACAGUCGACACUUCAAAGACCUGACCAGUGAUAUCUAUCGCUUUGCCCCUGUCUGGUUUAAACCAGGUGAUGCUAAGAGAUUCCAUGGCAUCAAUGAAAGGAUUUCCAAAAAGAACUACGAGGAGCUUGUACUAUUUUACUUCAGCCUGAUUCAAAACUGUGACAUUCAGAACCUCCCUGAGCCUCACAGCUCUGUCCAUGAACUCUAAGGAAUUGACAGUAUUGAUAACAAGUCAAACAAAUGCAAACCUGUGUUAAUGUUAGUCUGAUUUAUUUCAAAAGCACUCAACAGGACCAUGGCCUGACUUACUCCUCUUUUUUUUUUUCAAAAGCAAAUGAUUCUACAGAGAGAGAUUCUACAUUUUAGAGCCAGAAGAUAAACUUUUUUCAGUGGCCUGUAAUUUUAGGGUUACAGUAAAACAGUUACAGUAACUUACUAAUUUCAAUCUUGUGUGAUCAGAUACAUAGUCUUGAUCUUGUUGCAAUGAAAUAUUCACGGGUCAAGUAUAUGAAUCUCCUUUUGUGUUUGUGAUGAAGAUUGCUACCAAAUUAUUAUGGUAUAAUUUGAUGAAGUGACUGAAUAAAUGCAGUUGUGCUGCUAAUAAUACUGUAUUACUUAAAAUGAUCAACUUCUAAGAAAUAAUUAAAUGCUGAUGCUGAUGAUAGACGAUACAAAAAUAUGCUGCUUACUGAAGAAAUUCUGAAUUGUGAUAUUUAAAAAGUAUUUUAUUACUUCUUGUUGAAUCAAGUACAGUAGUUUAUCUCUUGAAGAAUGCUGUAGUAUCACUGACUGACACAUUAAAAUGAAUCCUGAUUUGUA